GCUGAAGUCCGAUUGUCAUACAUAUAUCCGCACUCUGUUCACCAACGCGUGGCCGUGUGUGUGGAGAUUCCUUACCUCAUUUACGUCUCUCACGGCAGAUGCAUCAAGUGGGCACAUUUACUCGUUCGUUUUCCGGCAAGCCUCUCUUGUAGGCGUUGUCAUUAUUAAUAUUAUUUUUUACAGUAGCGAGUGGCUCUCUCCAGCUCUCUCUCGCUCAUCAUAUACUUUCUUGUUUUUCUCUUCUUUGAAUUGAACACCUGCUUUUCUUUGCCUUUUUUUUUAUUUAUUUGCGAGUUCCUCGACGUGUGUCCGCGCACCCAAACGGCUCAUACACCCUCUGUACCACGCCGAAGGUUCUCACCAACAGCCUCUUUUAAGAAAACACAGAUAAGCGCGUCUUUAUACUACUUUGACCACUUUUCUCACCAAAAAAAAAAACAUUUCAAAAAAGUAAAAACUCUUCUCAAAGCCACCUACGCACCCAUGAAUCGUAGAGACAGUGACACCUCCAACUCCCCGGUGGCUUCAGAGCGAGGCAACACGAAAGUGGCGGUUCAGCGAAGCUUCCGCCGUGUGUGGUCCUUUGGGUUGAGACGGUACGCACAACUGCGGCAGCAAGCAGUUUCGCUGAUGGCCGUCAUCCAUGUCACCCUGCGCUCGCUCUACCUCCCGGACGAGGUUUCCUUCUACCUGGACACCUUUGUUCGUCUCCUCUUCAGCGUCUACUACAUUCCAUUUAUUUUCAUCGUGUUUGCCCUCACCCAUGCCGCUAUUGAGCGCAUUGUGUGGGUGUUAGUGAUGCCGGUGGCACAGGAGAUGGAGCGGCGCCCGUUCAGUACGUCGAGUGUGUGGACGCUCGUGUCAGGCCUCAGCUCCAUCGCGUCUCGCAUGGUACCUUUUGUCACCUUGGCCGUCGCCGCCGCUACCGUAGGGCACAAACUGAUGAACUGCGUGGCGGAGGCAAUGGUGGACGCGUAUACGACGCAGCGCGAUCUCGACUACCCGCUGCUGCGCGCCCGUGUGCGCUUCACAUUAAACAAGGGCUCCCGCAUUGCCACAAGCGCAGUGGUGGCUGUCGUCCUCGCCAUUGUUCUGCUACUGAUGUGCCACACCAACGCGUUUGUGGAGUGGUCGGGUCGACAGCCGUGGGUGACGACGGCGAGCUGGACGGUGUUUGCGGUGCAGAUCAUCUUUGUGCUGACGACGGUGUUGCGCGAUGCCCCGGAGGAGAGCACCCCGCUGCGUCGCCGCCGUGCCAUUUACCGGUUGAACCACAGAACCGAUACCUCCGUGAGCAAUCUGCAGCUGCACAGCAAAGACGACGUGAACACGGUGAACUCGAAGGAGGUUGAGGCCCUGGCAUCGACUCAACCGCUCGUUGCGAUGUUGCCAAGCUCGGUCUCGAAUCCACGCACGGGCUGCGCGUCAACUGUCUUGCCGAUCGCGGCUACUACCUCCGAUGCAGACGGCAAGGCGAAGGACCGCACGUCAACCACCGACCCACUGUCCGGUGACUCCAUCACCGUCUCCACGCCCUCCAAUCCGUUGCUGUCGCCCGAGUCGGGGAUGCCGCAGCGGGAGAAUAGCGGCAGCCGCGCCGCCGGCGCGACUCGACCGCCGCUACUCAACGCCGCAGGGUAUCAGCAGGGCUCGAACGCGUCCAUGUCGGCGUUGUUUGUGUGCUACGUAGAGGAUGACUGGUGGCGCCACCACAUCCACGCGAUGCGGCACAUCGCCUUUGUCAUGGUGGCACUCUUCACCGUCGCCUUCGCCGUCGCCCAGGGCCCUGUCUUUGGUCUCAUGUCGGGUGUACUGAUCCUGUCCUAUUUGAACUUGCCACACCUGUUUGCGCACACGACGCUCUCCAUGUCCGGCGCCAUCACGCGCACGCUGCGGUCCUUCGCGUGGCUGCAUCGCCACCUCGACGCCCUCCUCCCCUUUCUUGUGCUUGUGAUGCCGUAUCAACUCCUGCUGGUGAAUGCGAUGAUCUUCUUCCGACACCACCUUCAGCUGUGCAUGAUGCUCUUCGGCGUGGACAUGCUGCUCAUUGCGCGGGCCAUUGACCUGGUGCGCGAGUUUGACGUCACGGUGAACGGCUCCGUGCUGUGGAAGUACACCAGCUCCGGCCUGUUGCUGUCGCCGUCCUUGGCGACGGUGCUGGAGGACGGGCACGAGAAGAACUAUCAGUCGCCGGAUGUGGUGAGUCUGGACAUGUCCGUCGACAUGCAACGCAUGACCAUCGUCAACGCCAGUGGGGCAGAGGUGCAACUGAAGCGGCAAGUCGUUUUUCCGCCUGGUGCCCUGCGCCGCUACCUGUUUGACUACGGCUUCUACGCCUACACGCUGCCGCGGCUGCUGUCGCUGCAGAGCCCCGGCUACUUCAGCGGGUCGAAGUUCCGCACGAUGCGUGUGGUGCUGCGCUCCAUCUCCAUGUUCCUGUUGCUGCUGUACGGGCUUCUUGUGUCGGGGUUUAUUGUGCAGGCAGCGUUUCCACAGUUGCGGCCACUGCCGGUGCAGGUGACGGCCGCUGCCAAUAACAGCCAGCUGACCUUUGACCACAUUGUGCUGCGGAUGCAUCUGCUGUCGCAGGAGGCGUCGCGCACCGCGGCGGAGAAGAACACGUCGAACUCGGUGCUGGAGGGCUACCUCUCUGGUCGUCCCGAGGCGGCGUCGAGUGCUUUCCAGUGGAACAACGUCACCUCGGCGACGGGCGAGGACUUCUACCCACAGCUCUGCACGCGGGAGUACUACAACACGUCCGUGUGGGAGAUUUCGCUGCUGGCAGUUGCGCCGUAUCUGUUUAACGUCGAAGAGUUCAACUCGAUGCUGCGUUUUUUGAACGCGCACCUGGGCUCUGACUGGGCGAUUCAGCCGCGCCACGGCGCGUCGUGUGUGCCGGGCGACUCCAACCACCAUCCGACGGGGUGGACCGACUUUUACGAGGUGUACAGCAAGCAGCGCGACACAGCCAUCAUCUCCAUCCGCGGCACCGACAUGUUCUCCUUCACUGACUUUCUCUUCAACAUCAACGUCUUGUUCGAGGUGGCGCUGUACCAGUUCAUGACCACCUUCAUACCGGGGUCCGCCAUUGUGCCAAAGGACCUGGUCAUUGACCUGAUCCGCACGGCGUCGCUUCCGGCCGAGGCAGACGGGGACGUAUACGAAACGUGGGCGCAUCUGACAAGCAGCGGCAACCACAGCCUGCGUGGCUGUCAGCAGAACAACUACGGGCGCGACUUCUUUGCCGACCUGUACAACCACGUCGCCUACAUCGGCUCUCGCCCGUCGCACCCGCGGCACAUUUUGCUGACCGGCCACUCCCUCGGCGGCGCCGUUGCGUCGAUUGUGGCGUCGCAGAUGGGCGUGAAGGCUGUUGCGUUUAGUGCGCCGGGCGUCGUGCUGGCCCGCCGGAAGUUCAACUUUUCGCUCCGCUCGCUGCAUCAGAACGUGAUGACGGUCGUCUCGUCCAACGACAUCGUGCCGGCGGUUGGCGAGCACGGCGGCGAACUGCACCACGUGGAGUGCCUCGCGUCGACGCGGGAGCUGUGUCACGCGAUGGAGUUCCUGAUUGGGACGCUGUGGCGGUCGUGCAGCUCUGUCCGCGCCAAGUUCCCCUCCAUAAAGGACGUCAUCUAG